UAUUAUCCCCUUCCAAAACCCUGUCAGUAUUUCUCGACUGUCAUAGCCAACUCUCACAGAGUCACACUUAACUCGGACGAUUCGCAACUAUGCAAGUCUUCUCAAACUCGAAUCGACUCGCUGCAAGGGCUUUGAAAACCGCUCCGAUUCUGUUCAACUCGGCAGUACAAAGUCAGAAAUUUCUCUCCUCCUACUCUGACAUAAUCGAUCAACAUCAAUGGCAACAUCACUCCAAUUUCUCCUCCAAAUCUUUCCCUUCAUCAGGUCAAGGAAGUUAUUUGCUAAUGGCAGCACAUCCAAUGUACUUGAGGACGUCCAAUUCCGCAGCGUUUUCUACUAGUGUUGAGAUUACUCCAACAGAGGCUGUUAAGGAGCUUUACGAAAGAAUACUCGAUUCCGUCAAUGUUAAAAAGUCGAUGUCUCCGAAUGCUUGGUUGUGGUCGUUGAUUAAUAACUGUAAAAAUCAAGAGGAUAUUAAGCUUCUUUUUGAUACUUUGCGGAAUCUCCAUAUAUUUCGGCUGGCGAAUCUUCGUAUUUAUGAUAAUUUUAAUAGUCAUCUUUGUCGUGAAGUUGCUAAAGCAUGUGCUCGAGUGGAUGCUAUUGACUUUGGGAAAAAGACUUUGUGUAAGCAUAAUAUAUAUGGAUUGACUCCUUCUGUUGCAUCUGCAAACCAUUUGCUGUCAUAUGCCAAGGAACGCAAAGAUGUACAAUUGAUGGUUGAAGUGAUGGGACUUGUGAAGAAGAAUGAUAUCCCGUUACAGCCAAGUACAGCAGAUUUGGUUUUGAGUAUUUGUUACAAUGCUGGUAAUUGGAAUCUGAUCUCAAAGUACUCGAAGAAGUUUGUCAAAGGUGGAGUAAAACUACGUAAAACUGCAUUUGACAUGUGGAUGGAAUUUUCUAUCAGAAGAGGAUUUACUGAGUCAUUCUGGAAAAUUGAGAAGCUGAGAUCUGAAUCAAUGCAGCAUCAUACUCUUGUGAGCGGGUUUUCAUGUGCCAAGGGUCUACUUCUGGAACAUAAACCUGAAGAUGCUGCUGCUCUCAUUCAAGUCCUUAAUCAGACUUUACCCGACAACAAGAAGCCUGGUAUUGUGAUUGAACUUCAGAAGCUAGCUAGUGAGUGGCCUUUGAAAGUAAUUAAGCAUCAGCCAAAAGAGAAAAGGAAGGAGGUGGUUGCUGCCCUAAAAUCUGGCAUAUCUGCCAUGGUUACGCGUUUGUCGGAAAUGGGGUUAGGAGCGGAUGUGAAUUUAGAUAGUCUAACGCCUAAAGAACAAAUUCCAUGUUAAAUUGUCAAAGAUGGGAUCCUGAGUUUUGUGGUAUUUUGUCGAGUCAAGCAGACGGGAGCAAUGGUGUUAUGAGAAGCAAUGCAAUAAUCACCAAUUUACACAAGACACUGAUACCAUUUUUUGAUCUGUAAUAGAAAUGUAGUUGCCUUUUCUUUAUAUUUGCUAGUCCAACCAUCUCUGGUAUGUUCAGUUGGGUGUCUUUUAUGAAUCUUUGAAUUAACUAAUUCGUAUAUCCAUGCACUGGCGUGGAAUUACUAUA